ACGAGUCCAAAACAGGUGGUGCCGGGAAACUGUCAGAUUGCAUCACGGAUUCAACGAGGCGGCCUUUGCCGAUCGUGGUCACGACCAAGUUUGGACAGCGAGUCAGGCCUCCAAAUUUACCAGGGCGUGCAGCAGCUGUCCGCUUGGCGUGUCAACGGGAGCGUCAACGCAGGGCACGCACGGCUUCAGAAGCGGUCCGCUGUGCCUGCAGUGCGCGCUUUGACGCCUCUCCCAUUCACUGUCUUCAUCGCGUCAAGUAUGGCGGACCAGUACCAGUACAACACCAACGAGGAGAAGAUCCUGAAGGACAGCAACACCAAGGAGAUCGACCUCAUCAACAGAGACCCCAAGCAGAUCAAUGAGGACGUGGUGAAGGUGGAAUUUGAGGAUGUCAUCGCGGAGCCAGACGGCACCCACAGCCUGGACGGCGUAUGGAAGCUGAGCUACACCACCUUCACCGUGUCCAAGUACUGGUGCUACCGCAUUCUGUCGGCCAUCUUCGGCAUCCCCGUGGCGCUGCUCUGGGGCUUCCUGUUCGCCUGCAUCUCCUUCUGCCACAUCUGGGCCGUGAUGCCCUGCAUCAAGAGCUGCUUGAUCGAGUCGCAGUGCGUCAGCCGCAUCUACUUGCUCUGCAUUCAGACCUUCUGCGAUCCGUUGUUCGAAGCCCUGGGCAAGCUCUUCGGCGGCGUACGCGUGGCGCUGCGCAAGGAAGUCUAAAAACUGCUUGUUAAUAGUGAGAUCAGAUGAGAUCUGGAAUCUUUUUCUACACCACAUUGGCGCCUUACCAUGCGACAAUGUACUUCACCGCCCUCUUUUACAAAGAUUUUGUACAUAAAAGUACAGUUAUUAGGAGAAAGUUGACAUAUUUGCACCACCUUGAUGCACCCCACUUUCUUAUCCUUUAGGGAUUUGUUCUCAUUUAGUCAGAUUUUCUACCAAAAGCACAGCUUUGUUGCGAGUGUUAUCGAGUGACUGCAUUUGAAGAAAAUAAUAUAGAAAGAAAUGCUUAGAAAUUACCCCCAAAAUGUAAAAAAAAAGCCUUUUCUGUCUGUUUUUUUCAUUCUGUCAGGAAAAAUAUCAGUACUUUGCAUUAUUUCAUUUUGAGGAAAACAAACAAAACUUGGGUUAAAUGCAUUUUUAAUUGGACAGCGACCAUUUGUGGAAAGUGUCAUCAUUAAUUUAAAGUGCAUCUCUGUAGGGUGGGCUCGCUCUGUCCCACAGACACGAACACAC